AUGGCAGACAUACUCACCCAACUCCAAACAUGUCUUGACCAGCUCGCAACCCAAUUCUACGCAACAAUCGGCUACCUAACAACUUACCACGACAACUCUCCCGCAACUCCACCCCAAAACCCAACGUCUGCACCCGCCCUUGCCAAAAUCCAAAAGAACUCAACCAACCCACCCAUACCAGCCAGCGCAGCUGCAAUCCUCAACAGUUCCACAUCACAAGCAUCCCCGUCGGGCGGGCCGGGAGUAACAGGCGCAGCAACAACGCCCGGGCCAAAUCCUAGUAAUAUCGGAGGUGAAGGGGCAGGAGCUAUGGGGGAAGAAGGGCUACCGCCGCGGCCGGACUCGCCGAGGACUUUUGCGGCAAGGCAGAGGGAGUUGGCGCGCGAUCUGGUUAUUAAGGAGCAGCAGAUUGAGUAUUUGAUUUCGGUGCUUCCUGGGAUUGGGUCGAGUGAGGCGGAGCAGGAGAAGAGGAUAAGGGAGUUGGAGGGAGAGUUGAGGGGGGUGGAGGAGGAGAGACAGCGAAGGGUUAAAGAAUUGAGGGCGCUACGGAAGAGGGUGGAAAGGGUUUUGGGAGCUGUGGAUAACGGGAUCUAUGGAGGGCCCAAAUGA